GCCUGACGCCAAAGAUCAGCCAAGAUGGGUACCUCUCCAAAAGCUGUUCCACAACAAAAAACAAGAACGUUGAAUUUUUGUUAACGGUUUCUCUGAUGAAAUCUGACGAUCCUGAAUCGGAUAAAACAGUGUCCAUUAGCCAUAUACAGCAGCUUGUUUCUCGCCAGCUGCCUCGCGUGAUCACAGCGAUUCCAGGGAAAAAAUCAUGGUCUAGCGAGAGCGACAACGGAGGCGUUGCUAGGGCCACUGUAACUCAUUCAGAAACCGGCACGAAGGUCAGGAGAAAGCCGAGAAAGCUAGUGUCCGAGCUUGCUGCCGAGGUUAAAAGAGGGAAGGGAAGGGCGAGAAGAAGGAGGUCUGCUUAUUCCCCUUCUGUUGAUACAUCGCGGGCGAGGGCAAGUAGCGAUGUAGUGCGUUUGGCUGUCAAGGAGUUAGGCUGGCGUGAGGUACGUUAGCAUGCAAUUUGAUUAUUUAAAUACUUGUGUGAGUAUUUAAUUUGUUUCCACUUUCAUUACAAAAACAGAAAACCUAUAAUCCAGGUGCUUGCUAAAUUUUUUAUUUAGGCCUUGGAAACAUAGCUUAACUGUUCUAAAUUUGGAACGUCUUUGAUCAACAAACACAGCACCGUGUCAACACAUGAAACAAUACAAAUCGUUCACUUAAGUUUACUUAGCAUUUAUCUUAAUCAUAAAUACAUUCAAUGCAAAAGAAAACUAUUGUAUGUACACUUGAAUAGAUAUGUUGGUUGGAUUAUAUCGGCGGACUGUUGAUGCGCUAUUAAUUUUCGUGUGUAUCUUCGAAGUCCGAGAGCAAGCUCACCCCGCGCCCCCACUCCUUGAAAGACGAAAAGAGAAAAAGAAAAAAAAACUGAAAGGGGCUAACUGCUUUUUCCGUAAUAUCCGCUCUUUUUAAGACGGAUGAAGCUUACAUAUUUUAAGUCUGAUCAAUUGCAGCUGCGCCUAGCCCCCCAAAACAAUCCCCCCACCCCCGGGCACAAUUUUUUUCUCCCUUGUAUGGCAAAUUCGCGGGGCUGGGGACUCUUGAGCUGUCAAAUUCCCCCGGUGGGGGGGGGGGACGAAAAAAGAGGGCAAAUCGACAGCAGUCUGUCAGCAGUGCAACAUUUUUCAUUGUUUGCACAGUUGAAUAGUGCCAUUUUGAGCAUUUUAAUGUGCAAUGUUUUUGUUUCAAUUAAUGUCUUCUUUGUAAUAGCACUAGGAUUCAAAUUAAGACUUCACACCGUGAUGACACCAGUUUAUGGUUUUAGUAUUGUUAUAACAUUAUUGACAUUAAAAUUAAUAGAGCGGUAGAAAGUUAUAUGUUAUGUCAAAUAGUUUUAUAUAUAUGAAAGGAUGUUCCUCAAAUAAUAUCAACAGAAAUUUGAGUCAAUUUUUAAUAAGCAUAACUGAAAAACGUUGAUUCACGUCCAUAGCUUCUGAUUUCACCAUGUAAAUCUGGCUUGAUAAGCAAUGAAGAAAUACAUGCAUAAAAUCAAGGACAAUUGUGCCUUUACAAACCUCUUCAAUUGUUUCCUGUCCUCGAGAAAUAAACCAAUAUGCUUGUUUUUCUUGUAAAAUCCUCUUUGUGUAGUUAUAUUCCAGUAGGAAACUAUGUGUGUGUCAAAAGCUUGGGAAAAGCCCUGGGGUUGGCAAAUGUCCAGCCCCCGGGCAGAGCUAAAUUUGCAAAGGCCCCACCCUAGAGACUGGCAAGGUGGACAAAUGCCCCGCAGUAGCAGGGGGGACCUGAGCACUGCUGGAAUUGACUGAUGCAUUAAGCUAUAACUGUUAGUUAAUUUUCCUGUUAAAAUAAUACAGAUCCCGAGAAAAAUAAAAUGCUGAAUAAGUAGUUUCUCCUGGUGUUAAGACAAAAACUUCUGUGCAGUUACAUGGUAUAAGGAAAAAACAAUUUUUUUCACUUCAAUAGUUCCCAGUUGAUCAGGAGAAAUGUUUUAUCUGAAUUUCAUAGUGCUAUAUAUACUGACCUGUGACUCUUUUCUGAUGCAGCUUCCUACAGGUAGACGUAAAGGGUGUGACUUUUACUGGCUUGAUGGACACUUUGAGAUGCCUGAGUAUCCAGGGCAACUCAACAAAUUUUUUGGUAAGAAUGGAUUCCCCACAGAAAAGAAACACACUGAUAUUGGGUUAUUCCAACCCCCCCGCCCCCUGCCCCCAAUGGAAGGCAAGAUUUUUCAACCGCCCUCCACCCAGAUUUUUUAAAACGGGAGGGACAAAAGAAGUGUUUAAAUAGAAUUAAUUGUUGUCAUAAUUAUGUAAUUAACCCACCUAGAAAAACUAUAUUUUCAUAUUUUGUUUUUAAUUAUGAAUUGUAACAAUAGUGGCCAGAAUCUUUACUUUUUGAGAAGUAAGUGCAUUUCAAAGCUGAAAUUUCCUAUUACUAAUAUGGGUCUCAAGAGCUCUCCCCAUUGGCAUAUCAAGUGGAGGGUCCAGGCGGGCCACACCAAAAAAAAAUGGUCCUUUCCUUUUAACUCAUCAAGUUCAAGGAGCUGACCAACCUGAUUUUUCUCCUAACAAUAUCUGACAUCAUGAAGAGAAAAGGCUAUAAAGUUAAGAGUAUAGACAGAAAUAAUCACCUACCUAAAGAAAAAUGCUUUCUUUCCAUCUCAACUAAUUCUUCAAGGAAAUGUGUGGAGAUCAGUCUAGAGAAAUUGUACGUGGAUGUGUACUGGGGUUCAAAGGGUUAUUUAAUGACCUUUUCCUCUUUCUUUAAUUUUUAUUUGCAAAAAUGAUUUGUUCAAGUACACCUGCAGCCAGAAACGUCCCCAGCAGCGAGGCAAAACAACUUUCGCAGGCUACACUACAUGUAGUACACACAAUGUUAAAGUACUACACUGGUUAAUCUGUUCACAGUGAUCAAUUCACCUUAGCAAGCCAACGAGUGAUACCAUUUUUCAGCAAUUUUAUUAUUUUGUUCUUCUUUAGGUAUGUCUGAAGCAGCCCAUAAAGUAGAAUUCUCAAGACAAAUCAACAGAAUGCAACUGCUUUUCCCAAAUGACUUUUCCUUCUAUCCCAGAACUUGGAUAUUGCCAGAUGAAUAUGGCGAGCUUCUUGAAUUUGCAACCAGAGAAAAGAAAUCACCAACUUUCAUUUUAAAACCUGAUGGCGGAUCUCAAGGCGAUGGCAUUUUUCUAACUCAAAAUGUUCAUGAUGUACACAUGAGCACUGCUCUUGCAAAGUCGUCCGUUGUACAAGAAUAUAUAGCAGAGCCAUAUCUCCUGGAGAAGUUUAAAUUUGACCUUAGAAUUUAUGUCGUGUUAAAGAGCUUGGAGCCUUUGCAAGUAUACAUAUGCCGGGAGGGUAUGGCACGCUUCUGCACAGAGCACUAUCAGCCACCGACACCUAAAAAUAUUUUCAAGACAUACAUGCACUUAACAAACUAUUCUCUUAACAAGCAUAGCCCAAGAUAUAUCCAAAGUGAUGCAGGUGACAAGGGAAGCAAACGAAAGCUUAGUGCAGUCUUCAGACAACUGGAAAAGGAAGGAUGUAACAUACAUCAUUUGUGGGCUGAAAUAGACAAGGUUGCAUGUCAGACUAUUAUAGCAAUUUUACCAAUUUUGAAACUUCAAAAUCAAAUCAUUACUGCGGAGAUGAAACGUAAACUCAGAAGCUUUCAAAUCUUAGGUUUUGACAUUUUGCUGGAUAAAGACCUUAAGCCGAUUCUUCUUGAGGUCAAUUCCAGCCCAAGUUUAAGGAUUGACCAUGAAGAGGAGGUGAGUCCUGGGAAAGUGGAAUGCUUUGUGAGCACAACUGAUCUGGAUAUCAAACUUCCAAUUGUCAAGGACUCCAUGUUUCUUGCGUGGCAAAACAGAAAGAGGUACAUGUACAAUUCAAAGUGGUUACUUAUCAAACUAUAGUACUGUUAUUUGUUUACAUUAGCUUCGACAAAUUAUGGCCAUUUUCACACCUGAGAAGGAUGAUCCAUCAAGACAGAUGGUAUAAUCCGUCUGAUACAUUAUGUUUUCCAUCUUAGUAUGGAUUUAAAUUAGAUACUUUAGAUAAUGCCUUGUCACGUGCGCAUUCACAUCCAAUGGAUGAACCAUGCCUUCAAAGCUCUAUGUGAGGUUACCAAUCCAUUACAGUGGUGGAAAUUGCUUAUUUAAAGUCAAGAAAGUAGGAAAAUGAAAAGCUCUAUUUUACUACUUAAUCGAAAAGCUUUAAAACUAAUCAAUAUGGAAAUUAACACUUCAGAGAAGUCCCUUUAGAGGUUAUGUAUCGGAUUAUAUUUCCAUCUCAGAUGAUAAGACAUAAGGUACAGGUACAUACAGUUCACUUCUUUGUUAGCUGGACAACUGGCCUUGAGACCCAGGGAGGGAGGUACUGCCAUAUAUGGGCUAUAAAGGUUAUUUACCACCAUGAAGGGUAUGGUUUUCAAGCAGUUUAGUCUAGGAUAGGGUAUAGAAAUCAGAGAGUCUGGGUCUAGAACAGGGUAUUGUUUUCCAGGAAACUGAUCGGUGGGUUGAAGAUUUCACAUGCAGUCUAGACAAGAGAUUGGGAGAUCACAUUCAAAAAAAUGAAAUCAGCAGAUUGAAAUUUUACCCGUAACUCCCUCAGUUGUGAUCAAUAGCAAAAAAAAGGGUCAACCUCAGAAGUUUCUGGAAAAGUUAUAUCAACUCUUACUCUAGGAUAGGGAGGGUUUUUGGAAGUUUGGUCUAGUGUACUAGGUAGCAAAGUUAGGCUGCACAAGGUCUAGUAAAGGCUAAGGGUUCCAGCCUGGCCCCAGCGGAACUGGGAACUGUUCCUUGCCAUCUGCCUUAAAUAUCUUCUGACUGGUACAACUGUAGCUCAACUUUAACUAUAUGGCAAUAUGACCACCUUCAAAUCUUCUGCUAUUUGUGAAUAACUGCAUUGUUCUAUUCUUUGUCAGUGAUGAAAAUCCUCCAGAGGUGUCCGGAUGUCUGCAUCAAAUUUACCCCAAGCUGGCCUCGCAACUGGAUUACUUCCGAGUUGUGGAAAGGUGUCUAACAUUGUUCAGACACUUUGUAGGUGUCCGCAUGUCCAACAAGAUGGGUCCAACUUCGUUCAGAAUGAUGGCAAGGUAUGGUGGUGUGUUUCUUUUCAGUAAGUGAAAGUUGUCAACUAUGGUGAUAAUUCCUUGGUAUAAAUUAGACAGUCAAUAUAUUGCUACAUAUGUUUCAGGGCUGCUCGCUGCCACUGUAAGAUUUCAAGUUGCCGGGUGAUUGCAAGUAGUAGGCGGGGAAUUGAACUGCUAGAAAGCUUUAUGAAUUCUUUUCCUAUGAAUAUUGCCAGGGGUCAUGCUGGUAAUAGCUAAGGCAGAUCCUGUGCAGGCUGUGAAAUCCAUACUGACUGCAGCUUUCCCCUGGCUGCAUGUCAAUGUUGUCGCCAUUAGAGUUGAUAUAAAGUAUAAAUGAAGAGAACUAAAAACUAAUACACUCAUGUAGAAGUUCAGGGACUUGGGACUCUAUAAAUAUACAAGCGCCAAUACAUAAAAUCUGCACACAGACUAGUGCUUAUACCAGUUGCCUUUACAGGGCUCAAAGUAUAUCAGCACAGUAGCUAGGCAUUUUUAAUAAAUAGAUGGCAGCUACAGAAUCAAAUUUUUAAACAAAGCAUGUUUUAAGUACUGAGCACCCCAGAUCACACUUUGUGUUUCGCAACUUUUUUUCUUAGAGAUCAUAACAGCGGUCUGCAUAUAUGACCAUGCUCCCAGCCCCCUACAAACUACAAACAGACGUUAAACACCAUUGAUGAUGAAAAUGAAUACAAUCAACAAAUUUUAGACCGGUUUACAUGUAAUGUGUAUCAUUCGAUUAUUUUAUUUGUAGACGAUGUCGUCUAACAGACUUUGGCUUCACACUUGCUGCAUUUGAUAUCAUGUUUAUCAAUAUGAGCCGCCGACAUCCAGCUAGUGAAACAGGCCGUGCAUCUCUCAACUUCAAUGGUUUUUGUGAGUCACUGAUUGCAAUUGGACAUAAAAAGUUUGCACUGACCAUGAGGCGCAAUCCAGUGCAAAUAUUGUUAACUGUUUUGAUACACUGUGAGCAACACUUACGGUUAGAAGUGAAGGCUAAAGAGGUAUCAUCACGACAGAGGACAAUCAACAAUAUGCCACCAUCCAGACUGAGUGAACGCAAAAUGAAGAGUUGUUUUCAUUUGCCCACAAGUCCUUUCAUCAAAGAAGGAAUCCUGUGAAGAACCAUCCACCACGAUUACUAACAGCCUGUUAAAAAUAAUUACCAUACAAGUGGCAGCCUAGUGGCAGAUCCAGGCAAUUGGAAGGGGCUACAGACCCCCUCUAAAUAAUAAUUCAUCCAAUAAUAAAAACUGAUCGGCAAGAAUAAUAAUAGCCAGUUCUGACUAAUGGUUAACACUCUUAGUUUACUAAAAUAACUUGCACAAUAAAAUUUGGCCAGUCAAGAGUCCAGUCAUAAACAGAAUUCCACUAUUUGUCAGGACCGUUCAGCCAGAUCAGUCUUUAAAAUAAAUGUAUGUAAGGCACUAAUGGGCAGAAAAUUUCAUUUUCAAAAUGGUCAGUCUGGCUGGCCAGUCCUGUCUUUUGACGAGCACCUUAAGUGUCUACAACCCUGGUCAAAACGUCUUGGGACACUUGAGGAAAUUAGGCACAAAGAUGCACUUUGCUAAAUUAACUCAUAUUCUACCUCUUUCCAAAAAAAAUGACAGAUGUUGAAUAAUGGGGCAACUUUAAACAUACCCAGUUAUUCCUUGAGCAGUGUAAUGAUUUUGUUGAAUUAAAACUUGAAUUAUUAUUUUUGUCAACACUGCACUGAGGGGUUCAAUGGACACUAUUUUGAGUGGCAGGUGAAAUUAAUGUUUUUGACAUGAUUUUGCAUUAGUGUCCCAAGAGUUUUGACCAGGGUUGUAGUAAGCAAUUUGCAGCCAUGCAGUGGCUCACAUUUUGCUUGCCAAGCCUAGGGCAACCACUUGCUUGUCUUAGUUUAUGAUUUUAGUUUGAGGAUGACUUGCCUUACCCUGUGAGCAGAGGCCCUUCCAUCUUCCCAUCUAGGAAUAUCCAAAGGCCUCUGUUCGCAGGGUAGACUUGCGUGGACCCUUCCCCAUUGGGCAAGUCAGAUAUAAAAGGUACUUGCCUUGCAAGAAUAAAGCUACUUGUCCUGACGGGACUUUUUUUGAGCCCUAUAGCAUAAUAUGGAUCUUCAUUAUUAAUAGAAGCAUAAGGUUGGAAAUGAUUAGUUCUAAAUAUUAGUUUCAAUGGUGAGCUCAAAGAUUAAAAUUCCUAUAUCCAACCUUACAGGGAGUAAGGAGAUGCACAGGCCACCCAGGAUAAAAGAGAAGUUUUCAAAAGUUUUUAAACUGGCAAGGUAAUUCAAUUAAUGUUGACAAUGUUGUUGUUUUGUAUUCCUUCAGUUCUAUUUGUGAAAAUGGGAAGUGGGGAACAAGAAAAUGGAAAAAAUGGAAAUUGAGACAUUUUAAGCUAACUGGAAUUUUAAGGUGUUACCUUGAAAAUUAUUACAAUUUCUAUAUUUUAGAUUAUCUGGUCCAAAAAAAUGUGGUUGGUGGUUAUCAAAAC